AUGGGUCGACCAGAACAAUGCGUCCUCUUCGCUCACACCUUCGUCCACUCACAUCUCGAUGAGUACGUCGACGAGGUAAUUUUUUCAGAACCGGUAGUAGUCAAUGCGUGUGAGGUUUUGGAACAGAGUGCUUCAUCAGUUGCCCAAGCAGUACCACUUGUUGGGGCAACAUCACCUCCAUCAUUUGCCAUAGAGGUGUUUGUUCAUUGUGAGGGAGAGACGAGGUUUAGAAGACUUUGUCAGCCUUUUCUCUAUUCACAAUCUUCAUCAAAUGUAUUGGAAGUGGAGGCUGUUGUCACUAGUCAUCUAGUUGUGAGGGGCAGUUAUCGCAGUUUGAGCUUGCUUAUAUAUGGAAAUACAGCUGAGGACUUGGGUCAGUUCAACAUUGAGUUUGAUGACAAUGCGUUGACUGAUCUUGUUGAUUCUACUGAGGGGAAGCUUGAAGACCUGCCACUUGCAUUGCAUUCUACUAAUUUUGCUUUUGAAGAUUCACGUUCUUCUUUGAGUGUCUUGUCUAUUCCAGUUCCUGUAGCAGAUAUUUCUCUUGAAGUCAAACUUUUUUUACAGUUAAUGUUAAAGAUUUUAGAAUUAUCAGAGAUUGGUAAUAAUAGACAUAUUGGGGAUGAUGGACACAAAGUUGUAAGUACUGUAGUAUCUGCAAUCUCUUCCUACAUUUCUGGUGAUAUAUGUGAAUCAAUCAGUGGGAGAUAUCAGAUAGGGAAGAGAACUGAGAAGUUUGAAGAGUUGCACAAUGUUGUUAACAAGGCAAGAAAAGAGCUCACUGAUGUCUAUCGGGGUUUCAAGCAAAAAAAUGAGAUUGAAUUCUCUGAAUGUUCACCGGAGGGACAUUAUUUUGAAUUGGAGACUGAAAUAUUGGAUUCCAAAACACUGGUGGAUAUGUUUAAUCAGAUUAAUCAUUUCAGAAGGCACUCUUCAUCUAUAGGAGAUCACUUUCUUUCUCGGAAUGAGCAUGCUCUUCUAGGAUUGAGCAUGGCUUAUUUACUAUGUUACGGUAGAGAGAGCUGUUUUCAGUUUGUUAAUAGUGGGGGAAUGCAGCAGAUUGAAAUGUUUUUUUCCAAGGAUGGACAGAAUUCCACUACUAUUACGCUUCUGCUUCUUGGUGUUGUAGAGCGGGCUACUAGAUAUUCUGUUGGAUGUGAAGGCUUUUUAGGUUGGUGGCCUCGGGAAGAUGACAGCAUCCCCUCUGGUUUUAGCGAAGGUUAUAGCCAUUUGUUGGAGUUGAUACUGUCAAAACCUCGACAUGAUGUUGCCUCCCUUGCAACCUAUUUGCUUCAUCGCUUAAGAUUUUAUGAAGUUGCUUCAAGAUAUGAGUCUGCAGUUCUGUCUGUGCUGGGAAACACUAGUACUUUUGGCAGGGUAACAGAUAUUACUUUGAAUAUGCUAAGUUCUGCUGAAGUUCUGCUCAGAAAGCUCCUGAAAUUGAUAAAUUCACGUGGUCCAAUUGAAGAUCCUUCUCCCGUGGCUUGUGCAAAUUGGGAUAUCGAUGCACAUUUACUUGGACUGUUAAAGGAGAGGGGAUUUCUUUCAUUAUCAACUGCGCUGUUGUCAUCAUCUAUACUGCGUGUGGAAAGGGGUCAUGCCAUGGAGAUAUUCAUGGAUGUCACAUCAUCUAUUGAGGCUGUGAUUCUAUCAUUUCUUUUUUGUCGUUCAGGCUUGAUAUUCCUAUUACAGGAUCCCGAACUUUCUAGUACUUUAAUCCGUGCCUUUAGGGGUGGUCAUCACGGCAACAAGGAGGAUAGUAUUCCGCUUCGCUAUGCUUCCGUUUUGAUAUCGAAGGGUUUCUUUUGUAAUCCAGUGGAGAUAGGAACAAUAAUUGGGAUGCAUCUAAAAAUGGUUAAUGUGAUUGAUCGUUUGCUUUCAUCAAAUCCACAAUCGGAAGAGUUCUUAUGGGUUGUGUGGGAACUGUCUGCUCUCUCAAGGUCUGAUUGUGGGCGCCAAGCAUUGUUUUCUUUUGGAAACUUUCCAGAGGCUGUUUCCAUCUUGAUUGAAGCAUUAAGUUCUACCAAGGAAUCUGAAUCUGAUGGGAAAAACAGCGGAUCUUUACCUGUAAAUCUUACAAUAUUUCAUUCAGUUGCGGAGAUUAUUGAAGCUAUUGUUACCGAUUCCACAUCAUCAUCUUUGGGCUCUUGGAUUGGACACGCUACAGAACUUCAUAGGGCUCUGCAUUUCUCCUCUCCGGGUUCUAACAGAAAAGAUGCUCCCUCACGUCUGUUGGAAUGGAUAGAUGCUGGUGUAGUGUAUAACAAACAUGGGGGUAUUGGUCUCCUACGCUAUGCUGCUCUAUUGGCUUCUGGAGGAGAUGCCCAGUUAACUUCAACUAGUGUCCUAGUUUCAGAUUUGACUGAUGUUGAAAAUGUUGUUGGAGAGGCUUCUGGUGGCUCUGAUAUUAAUGUCAUGGAGAAUCUUGGGAAGUUCACAUCUGAGAAGUCUUUUGAUGGCGUUACUCUUCGUGAUUCUUCUCUGUCACAGUUAACAACAGCAUUGAGGAUUUUGUCUUUUAUUUCUGAGAACCCGACUGUUGCUGCGUCUCUCUAUGAUGAAAGCGCCGUUACAGUUAUUUAUGCCAUUUUGGUCAACUGCAGAUUUAUGCUUGAGAGGUCCUCAAACAAUUAUGAUUACCUUGUAGACGAGGGUACAGAGUGCAACGCUACAUCAGACUUACUAUUGGAACGCAAUAGAGAGCUGAGCAUAGUUGAUCUCUUGGUUCCUUCUCUUAUGCUACUGAUUACACUUCUGCAGAAAUUACAGGAAGCAAAGGAACAACACCGAAAUACAAAAUUAAUGAAUGCUCUUUUAAGAGUACACAGGGAAAUAAGCCCCAAGCUAGCUGCAUGUGCUGCAGAGUUAUCAUCUCCGUAUCCUGAUUAUGCGAUAGGCUAUGGAGCUGUCUGUCAUUUGAUUGCGUCUUCCCUUGCCUUUUGGCCAGUAUAUGGCUGGAGUCCAGGUCUUUAUCACACUCUUCUUGCCAGCGUUCAGGGUACUUCAUUGUUGACUCUAGGUCCAAAAGAAACAUGCAGUUUGCUAUAUCUUCUGAUUGAUUUGUUUCCCGAGGAAGAUAUAUGGCUUUGGAUUGGUGGAAUGCCUUUGUUAACUACACGAAGGAUGUUGGCUGUUGGAACCCUAUUAGGGCCUCAGAAGGAGAGGCAUGUCAACUGGUAUUUGGAAUCUGGACCCCUUGGGAAGCUGAUUAGCCAAUUGGCACCACACCUUGACAAAAUUGCGGAGAUUGUACAGCACCACGCUAUUUCUGCAUUAGUAGUCAUUCAAGAUCUGCUGCGUGUUUUUGUAACUCGCAUUGCUUUCCAAAAUGUUACUUAUGCAUCUAUGGUUUUACAACCAAUAUUGUCAUCGAUCGCUAUUCAUGUUUCAGAAUCAUCCCUAUCAGAUACUGAUGCAUACAAGGUUUUGAGGCUUCUUGAUUUUCUUGUCAGUCUAUUAGAGCACCCACUUGGAAAGGGCCUAUUGCUGAGUCUGGGCACUCUUGAGACACUAACAAAAGUACUGGAUAGAUCUCUUGUCUUUGUUGAUGGAAAGGCAACUCCUGAUGGUAGAAGUUAUGUAAAGUACAGCUUUAAUUUUUUAAGUUGGUGUCUCCCGGUGUUCAAGUUUAUCAUGCUUCUUUUUAAUUCUGAAACUUUUCAGUAUUACUCCCGAAGACAUGACUCCAGUAACUUUUUUGAAAAGAUGAGUGAUGAAGAUUAUGCCCUCAUUUUACAUUAUCUUUUGAAGAGUUGCCAGGUCCUACCUGUUGGAAAAGAAUUACUUGCUUGUCUUAUAGCUUUCAAAGAAUUAGCUUCAUGUAGUAAAGGUCAAAUGGCAUUUGAAGCAGUUCUUUCUGGAAGCAAUGCUCGGGAGCUUCAUCAGAAAGAUGAUAUGGAUGUGAAUUAUAAUGUUCCUAGUAUGGCAGAAUGGAAAAAAUGCCCUCCUUUACUUAGGUGUUGGAUGAAGUUGUUGAGAUCAAUUGACACAAUGGAGGGUUUGUCGCCUUAUGCAAUUGAAGCUGUCUAUGCUUUAUCUGUGGGGUCUCUACAGUUUUGCAUGAAUGGGGACAGUUUGAUUUCUGACAGAGUUGUUGCAUUGAAGUACCUCUUUGGAAUUUCUGACGAUGUGACAAGAUUACUUGACUUUCCUGAAGAAAAUAUAAACUGCAUACUAGAUUUGAGUGCUAUGUUAAGUUCAAAGGCUACUGUGGAUGAUUGUUUCGUCACCUCUCACUUGCAAAUUCCGUUAUACCAGGUUUCUGAGUCAGUGAAAUCAUUGUACUUAGUAUUGCAAAGGCCCGUUGGUUCCAUGGAGUUGGGUGAUGUUGUUUUACCUCAAAGUGACGUUUUAGUUUUUCCAAAGGCACUUCACAUGCUUGAAAACAGUGUUGAAAAGAUUGACAAUCAUCUUGAUGUUGGAGGACUUGGUGACAAAUUUCUUUGGGAGUGUCCAGAAACAUUACCUGAUAGAUUAACACAAACAAAUCUUGCUGCCAAAAAGAAACUGUCAGCAAUGGAUGGACCAGUGAGACGAGGCCGAGGAGAAAGUUUUCAAGCUGAUGUUUCUGCUUUUUCACGUGGCUUAGCACCGUCUACUGUAUCCGCUGGUCCUACACGUAGGGAUUCCUUCCGACAGCGCAAGCCGAAUACCAGCAGACCACCAUCUAUGCAUGUGGAUGACUAUGUGGCUAGGGAGAGAAAUGUUGACGGGGUUACCAAUGUAAUAGCAGUGCCUCGAACAGGAUCUACUGGUGGGAGACCCCCAUCAAUCCAUGUGGAUGAAUUUAUGGCCAGACAAAGGGAACGUCAGAACCCUUCAGCAACAGUAGUGGGAGAAGCUGUGGGACAUCUGAAAAAUGCUUCUCCUGUGAAAGCUUCAGAUGUAGAGAAGUCAAACAAAUCUAAACAAUUAAAAACGGAUCUUGAUGAUGAUCUUCAAGGAAUUGAUAUUGUUUUUGACGGAGAGGAGUCUGACUCUGAUGACAAAUUGCCAUUCCUUCAACUGGAUGAUAAUUUACAGCAGCCUGCCCCAGUUAUUGUUGAGCAAAGCUCUCCCCACUCAAUUGUUGAAGAGACAGAAAGUGAUGCUGUAGAUAGUAGUCAGUUUUCUCGCAUGGGUACUCCAUUAGGAUCAAACAUUGAUGAAAAUGUCCAGAGUGAAUUUUCUUCAAAGAUGUCUGGUUCACGACCUGAUAUGUCAAUCACUCGUGAAUCAAGUGUUUCUUCAGACAGGAAAUAUGGCGAGCAGGGUGAUGACACAAAGAAUGCUCUUCAAGCUAAGAUGUCUGGUGGAUACGAUUCUGCAACAGCAAAUAGUUCGUUCCCGGUGUCUCUCUACAACAAUCCAUCAACAUCUAUGCAAUUACCAGUGGAUUCAAGAAUUGCUUCUCAGAAUUUAUUUUUAAAGAACAGUCCGCAACAUGGUGGUAUUGCUACAGGUUCUCAAGGACAGUAUGACCCGAGAUUUUUUCCUAACCAACCUCCUUUACCGCCCAUGCCACCCCCACCAACAAUUUCACCAGUAAUGUCAAAUGGUAUUGAUUCAGUACAUAGUCAGUCAUCCUCAUUCGUUAAUUCUCCAGCAGGUGCACGCCGUUCAGUUACAUUCCAAGGACCAUCAGAUUAUUUAUCUCCAUUCAACAAUGGUUCAACUGCUUCACCAUUUCCGUCUUCAGUUCCCAUGCCAGAUUCCAAAUAUUCUAGGAAUUCUAUAUCUUCCCCUAGUGGACCUAGUCGAUUUGCUCCUCCCCUUCCUCCUACACCUCCUCCUUAUGCAUCUAGUCCAUAUAAUUUACCAUCUAUCAAAGCUUCUGUCUCACAACCUGCUCCAUAUAAUCAGGCAAGUAUUGGGAAUACUGAGCUUUCUCAGGCCUCCAUUGCUCCUUCAGGAGCCAGAUUGUCAUCCCACCCAUUAAAUCCUCCGAUGAUAUCCUUGGGGUACAAUAGGCCAGCUUCUAUGCCAAAGCCUAUCUUCGGUAACACCUCAAAUCAGCAACAGAAUGAAAGCCAGUCAAGCUUCAUGCAGAGUAUGUCUGUCCCCCAAGCUUCCUUCCAGUCAAUGCAUUCAGUGACACAGUUGCAGCCACUGCAGCCCCCGCAGCUUCCACGCCCUCCACACCCACCUCAGCUUCCGAGGCCACCUGUUCAGGCUUUACUGCAGAUGGAACAAGGGAUUUCCGUACAGAGCAAUGUUCAAGUGCAUGAGUUACAGAUGAUGCAACGUUCUCAGGUUUCUUCAAUGCAGACAUAUUAUCAAACCCAGCAGCAACAAUUUUCAAAUGAGCAGCAAGUUCAACAUACUCAACAAACGGGGGAAGCUCAAUCGCAGGAGCUUUCAAAUGGUGGAAUGUCAUUACACGAGUAUUUUAAGUCUCCAGAGGCCAUUCAGUCUUUGUUGAGUGAUCGCGACAAGCUUUGCCAGCUGUUGGAGCAGCAACCAAAAUUAAUGCAGAUGCUUCAGGAAAGGUUAGGCCAGAUGUAG